GAAGUUGUUAGAUUUUUAAAACAUAAUAAUUGUUCUGUUGAACGGGAUAAGGGGGUGGUGCUAACCUCCAUUAGAGAAGAAAGAAUCCACCAAUAAAUUAUAAUGGGAAACAUUUUAUAAUACAACAGAUAUCUUUUUAAAAAUUUCAAUCAGUAUAUGCAGGGCCUAUCAAAAGUUGGACCAGUUCCAUUUGUACAUCGUGAGCUCGUCACUACCGCAGCUGUACUCCCUGUGUCGCGCCAUCAUGAACUCUAGUUGUAACACUGAGGAUCGUAAUGGAUUUGAGGACAUCAACAGUACACAAGAGCAGGUGGACUUCAAUUCAAUGGAUGUCUACCCGCCCGGAAGUGACGUCACAGUUUUUUACACGCUUGGGUCCCGAGUAAGCGCCACCCCCAAUGACUGGAUAGGAAUCUUUCUCAAUGGCUUUAGGGACACCCGUCACCCUUUGACCUUCCAAUGGACAACUAAAGCAUCAGAUACCAUAACAACACUGGAGCGAAAAGCUACAUUUUCCAAUAAAUUGAUUCAGCCUCUUGAAAGUGUUACUCUGAAGUAUCAGUUCGCCUACAUCAACAAGAAGAAUGAAGUUUUGGGUCUGAGUCGGCCAUUUAUGAUCAAAUACAAAGAGUCUUGGGACUUAGAUAUGGAGCUCUACGAAACUGUUCCGAAAGGGGACUGUUCUUUAGACGGACCGCUUGCCCUGUCUGACUCAUCUUCAGGAACCUCUGAGUCACCAGUCUUACUGUCUAUUGAUGACGACUGGGAAUUGGCAAAUGAUAGCCCAUGCAAUAAACAUGCAUCAUUGUCUGAUUUGUCUGACAUUGUGGUCUUGUCAACUUCUCCAUCUAAAGAAUCAGCGAAAACAGAGGCCAAAUCAGAGGCACUAAUCAAAGAUGAUACAGUUGAGCAUGCCGCUAAGAACUUUGCCCCGACGUGUUUGAAAAGAAAACCUACUUUGCCAUUUUCUCCAACACGUGCUGAAGGCAGUCUAUCAGAGAACGUUAGCGUAGAGAAGGAAAUGCAAGUAACAGAAGCUAGCCAAGAGAAGGCAGAAAUUGACAAGGAAUUCUGUGAUAAACAAAGCAUAUCUGAUGGAAAUAAAGGAAUUAAGACAGAGGGUUUAGCACAGAUUUGUACAAACACGAAGCGAGAUAGAAGAAAGAAGUCUAAAAAGAAACCGGAAGAAAUAGUAUGUAUAGAACAUAAUCCAUCCUCUUUUGUCGACCGUUUGAAGUUGCUAGGUGAUGAAUCAAUGUCUGAAGAAGAGAGUUCUGAAACGUACAACUUAAGUCAGGAUAGAAAGAUCCUUAUUGAGGUCAUCAAUGGGGGAGAAUCUGAUUGUUGUAAGUCUAAAGUUAGUCAAGCAAAGCAAAAUAAAAGGUGUAAGAAAAGAAAGAACAAAAACGUUCUUGAAUCUUCACAACAGGUUAGAGAGAAUUAUGGUGCUAACACUGCCGACACUGAAUGCAUGGAGAACGACAAGAAAAGCCACCACUGGCUUCACAAAACCAUGUCAACUGAUCAUUCAAACAGGCUGAAGAAAUCACACGAUUGCAAUGUUAGCGAGACAGAUGUUAGGAGUGAGACGACAAGGACAAGCCGUAAAAACAAAAGUCGAAAAACUGAAACAGUUGAAACUCUAUCGAAACACAACGCAGAAAUUAUCGAUGAAAUAUCCAUCGGAAAGAAAAUAUGUUUGAAAACUGAACAAGGCAAUCCAAGAAAAAAAAAAGACAUACAAAAAGGAAGGAAAUCGGAUCAAGAGCUUAAAGAAAACUUAAUAGAAACCGAUGUAGAGAAGGUCACAGUUGUCCACAUUCCCGGUGAAGAGCUCAAAGCUUUGAAAAAAAAAUAUUGCAGGUCAAGCAAAACGAAAAGAAAUAAACAGCAACACAUUAGAAAAAAAACCGAUGUGUUUUGCAACCUACAGAAUCUUUUUGCCGAGAUCAGUAUAGAGGGGGAAACACCAGUCCUCCAGUCACAAGAAGACUGCCCACACGUGGAGGAGAUGAGCAGCUCUUUACUGAAGGACGUGUCCGACCAAGGCUUCCCUGCUUUACCUUCACAACACAACACACCGCCAGAGCUGGUUAAGUCCAACAGCCAGAUGGUACCCAGCAUUAGAACGGAUAUCACGGCCCCAGAAGAGAACAACAAGGGAAAUUCACAAAACAUUGCUCGAGGCUUGGCCUUCAGUUCAUCUCCGGACAGACCAGCAUACAUUCCCGCCUAUCUCCUGGAUAUAAUGGACGCCCUGCCGCCGCCUAGAGGCAACAACGAUGUCAAAGACUUGAAGGAAUGUGACAAUAUGCUGCUUCAUAAAACAUCCAAAUCGGUACUUCAGGCGUUCAAAGCCAAAUACAAAGUUAAAUCUGCACGAAAGUCCGAGCUGCAAAAGAUGAAGUUACGCAGCAAAUAUUUUCAUACAAAAUCAGGCAUCGUAGACAGAAUCCAGAACCAAUUUUUAGAUCCGAACUGUAACCUUCAAAAUAAGGAUAAUACUUGGAAGUUUUUCCAGGAGCCAGAGGAGUGUUUGACUGCAGAUGUUUUAAUGGACGGCCCACAAACAGCCUUAGUUCCACCCUGUCAGGGUUCUACCAGUGAAGUUAAACCAGCCUUAGUUCCAUCUUGUCAGGGUUCUACCAGUGAAGUUAAACCAGCCUUAGUUCCAUCAUGUCAGGGUUCUACCAGUGAAGUUAAACCAGCCUUAGUUCCAUCAUGUCAGGGUUCUAUUAGUGAAGUUAAACCAGCCUUAGUUCCAUCAUGUCAGGGUUCUACUAGUGAAGUUAAACCAGCCUUAGUUCCAUCAUGUCAGGGUUCUACAAGUGAAGUUAAACCAGCCUUAGUUCCAUCAUGUCAGGGUUCUACCAGUGAAGUUAAACCAGCCUUAGUUCCAUCAUGUCAGGGUUCUACCAGUGAAGUUAAACCAGCCUUAGUUCCAUCCUGUCAGGGUUCUACCAGUGAAGUUAAACCAGCCUUAGUUCCAUCCUGUCAGGGUUCUACCAGUGAAGUUAAACCAGCCUUAGUUCCAUCAUCUCAGGGUUCUACCAGUGAAGUUAAACCAGCCUUAGUUCCAUCAUGUCAGGGUUCUACCAGUGAAGUUAAACCAGCCUUAGUUCCAUCAUGUCAGGGUUCUACCAGUGAAGUUAAACCAGCCUUAGUUCCAUCAUGUCAGGGUUCUACCAGUGAAGUUAAACCAGCCUUAGUUCCAUCAUGUCAGGGUUCUACCAGUGAAGUUAAACGGACAAGCUAUGCCAAUGUCGUGAAGAGAAAAACGCAAGACACAAAGGAAUUAGUGGGUACAAAAGUGCAAUUACAACCAAAUGAUUCAGCGUCUACCUGUGCUUCUUCAUAUGUUAACGGCAAAGCGAAACGUGUUAGCGUUGUUCAGAAUAAUAAUAGGACCCGAUCGACAGCUCUAAGAACAUUAGCAAAACUUUUAAGAAAACGUGCUAGAAACUUGAGAGAAAAUAAGAUAUGCGUUCAAAAUGAAAUUUUCUGCCAGGAAAAAAAUAUUAAUGAUCACACAAUAACCCCACAAGACAUCGGCCUCAAACAUAGCGAGCAGAUUGGAGAUCUCACUUACACAUCUACAGCAGAGAGACGGGAGAUCUGUAAUGUCGAAUGUACAGCAGAGAGACGAGAGAUCUGUAAUGUCGAAUCUACAGCAGAGAGACGAGAGAUCUGUAAUGUCGAAUCUACAGCAGAGAGACGGGAGAUCUGUAAUGUCGAAUCUACAGCAGAGAGACGAGAGAUCUGUAAUGUCGAAUGUACAGCAGAGAGACGGGAGAUCUGUAAUGUCGAAUCUACAGCAGAGAGACGAGAGAUCUGUAAUGUCGAAUCUACAGCAGAGAGACGAGAGAUCUGUAAUGUCGAAUCUACAGCAGAGAGACGGGAGAUGUAUCGAACCAAAGAUACAGCAGGUCUAAAAAAAUCAACCUUUGGCGAGACAAAGGAGAAAGAUGCCGUGUUGCUGUUCCGACCGGUUGUACGAACACCAACUAAGAAAGCGUUUCAUUCUUGCCGUUCUCCACCAAAGAGAGAAAUAGAAACCAACAAAGACACGAAGCGACAAACAGAGGAGAUAAGCUGGGAGAAAGCAGUCGAAACAACCGUCUCUCCCGUAACAAUGUGGUCUACUCGCAGCCCAUUGAAAGAUAAAGUGGAAUCAGUAGCCGUAGAGGAAAUGAGAAGAGUAAAAGGGAACAACAUUAGAUCCAACGAGGAACACGUUAUACUGAAAAGAAGAGUGGCUAUAUGCAAAUGGGCAGGUCAAGUCAAAAGUCUUGUUAGGUCAAAUACUGAAAUUGUUUGCUUAAGAUCACAAGUAAAAGAAAGCAACCAAGAAAUUAUUUCCCUUCAGAACCAAGUCAAUUCUCUAAAAGAAGCUCUUAGUAUUGAAACAAAGCGCUUGGCUAAAGCUAAUAUGAAAUGGCUGAAACUUAAAAUAAAAUAUAAGGAGUUGAAAGCCAGAAAAAUAGAAGAUGGAAACAAAGAGGCCGAUAAACUUGGUAGUGUCAAGAAUGCUGCAAAUAUUUCUUCCGACACCACUGAUCUUUUCAAGUCGCCUCCACGCAAAAGAAAAUGGAGUUUGGAAGAUCCAUCUGGUUAUGGUUAUUCACAAGCACCCAGCAUAUGUAUAAAAGAUGAACUGAAUUCUCCGCCUCGCAAAAGAAGACGGAGCGAUAACUUUCUAUCUGGUAAUCCUUAUGUAAAAGAAAACACAAGUUUGAUUGAAAUGGAACCAGAAGAAGCCAAUCGUGUGUAUGCCUCUUACAAUCUUUUAUCUGAAAGCUCUACUCCGAAGCAUUACAACUUCUUCUGUCAGGGUCAAUCGUGCAGGCAAGAGGCCGUUGGGGUGAAGCUAGCACAGAUAUUGAACCCACCAAAGUAUGUUAGCCAGACUAGAGCAUCAUUCAACGGCGCUUCAUCUCACUUGGACAGCUAUUCACAUUACUGUGUGCAGUCCAAAACCUCACCCCCACACUUACCUCUGUCCAAUCUCUCUCAAGCUGGAUUACCCAAAACCUCACCCCCACACUUACCUCUGUUCAAUCUCUCUCAAGCUGGAUUACCCAAAAGUUCACCCCCACACUUACCUCUUCCAUUCCCGAACCAAACGACGUGUCACGUUUCACCAUUACAUCCCGUGUACCCCAAUGCAAUAUACCCGCAAUCCUUUUUCCCACCACAAGAAGCACAGAAAGAUGAAAAGUCCCAGUUUUCACAAGCAACACAUCAGUACAGGUUGAACUAUCGUAACCCUCUGCUAGCACAAAACACAUGUAUGGGCUCACCGAGGGAGAAUUGUGCAUCUCCUUCAAGAAAACAACGAUACACCUCCAGGUCCCCCAGCUACCGAGGGGUCAGCGAGUCAGUGCUAGCCUUCAAUCAUAUGGCAUCAUCUUAUCAUCCUAGGCCUACAUGUUCAACUACAAACGAUGCAACCCCCUACCAGCAUUGCCACAACCCCCAUGUUUUGCAGCAUCCCCUCGGUCAAUCUGUCAGUCCAGCACCUACCUGUGGACAUCCAGUAACUGCCGUGCAUGACGCUCGACUUUGCUGGAAUCCAAAAUCCCAGGUUGCUGCUAGUGAUCCCACUUCUGCAGCUUACUUAACAGUCUACGCACAAGAGGGCACUUCCAAUAUGAAGGAAGGCACUGCUAGGGACGAUGAUGAAUAUUACCGACUAAGAGCUGAUGCGAGCGAAAAGCCGAGUGAAAAGAAUCAAGUGUCAAAUAAUUUAGUUUUACUAGCGUCAGGACCUAACACUGCAAACAAAUGUAACCUUUAUCCAGUCAGACACGUCUACCAGCUCAGCCAUCCCACAUAUCAAUCGACAAAACACUCAGACAAUUCAUCCCCAGACAGACAGCAUCAAGUGGAGAGAAUGUUUGAAGGCAAGCCUGAGAUAGCUACAGCCAAGCUCCACCACUCAGAUGUUUUCUUUCAGUCUCAUUUCCUUAAGCAGCUAGUCAAAGAUGAAAACAUGAACCACGUCUACAACGCCAAGCAAAUCCAGAAUUCUUCAAUGCAACCCCAAGCUGCAAAGAUGUUGCCAUUCAAUCAAUGUUUCAGCGGUGACGAUAACGUCGAGCUGGCGGAGAAUGAGUUCCGUGGCUCGAUAUCAGAAUCGUUUUGUCGUAAACAAAAACUUUUCUAUCAAGAUGGUGAACAGAAAUAUUGGAAUGACCAGAACGGAUAUGUUCCGUUUGCCGGUAUGACAGAGAACUGUCUAGCAGAAGGCAUAGACGAGCGAAAAGUCCAGAGCCGUACUGAAAUGUUGAAUAGGUCAAAUAAACAAAAACCUGCACUCGCGCAGGCCUGCAAACACGCAGGUACAGCUUUUGAGAAUAGCAUGCCUGUGCUAGAGCUGAGUGCCAACGGUACAAUAGGUUUCCCAGGAGAAGUUUUGUCUAGUUCUUUCUGUCAUCAUAAAGCCAUGAUGUGCGAGACCUGUCAUCAUAAAAACAUGAUGUGUGGUGCGUGCACACCUAUUUUGGAAAACAAUCAAGUGAAUCUAGUGAAUCUAGAAAAUAGGCCUAUCGAAGCUAGUGGCGCCUGUCACAGAGCUUUCUAAAUUUUUUUAGCUAGGUGAAUUUUUGCCAGAACUUCUCACACGGGAAGUUAUCCUCUCCAGAACUUCUCACACGGGAAGUUAUCCUCUCCAGAACUUCUCACACGGGAAGUUAUCCUCUCCAGAACUUCUUACACGGGAAGUUAUCCUCUCCAGAACUUCUUACACGGGAAGUUAUCCUCUUCAGAACUUCUUAGAUCAGAAGUUGUUUCUCUUUUACUUACCAUCGUUUAGACGGGUUUUGACCAGUGAUUAUUUUUUUCAAACUUUUUUUCGAGGAUCUGAAAGUAUUAUAUUCGUUAAAUUAGCGCAUGGCAGCGGUUUAUUUAGAUAAAUAUUCAAGCAACUGCUUUGCUGAAACCAUGGUUGAAGAAAUCCCAAUUGUAUUUAGACAAGAAGAUAUUGCUCUAGCAUUUAUAAAAAUCAAUGUAGCCAUGAUGUCACUGAGCCUUGUGCUGUAUGCCGCCAGUCUGAUCGUUUUUAAAGUAUCAAGCGCCCUGAGAGAAACUCAGCGAGAUCUACUCAACGUUACGUUCACAGAUACAUAAGCUCGCUCAGUGUGUCUGCUAGAUGUGUGCUCCAUACUAUUGGAACAGCGUGAAAAUGUUAGGGGUCUGCUCAACAUUGGUCAGGUAUAGUACAUAUGCCAAUAACUCGAUGACACCAAUGCUUGAUUUUAUACUGGUAAUCCUUUUUGUGAUGACGCUAACAAUGAACGCUCUGUUUACACAGCAACUGUCUCGUCGUCUAGACUCGCUCGGACUGUAGCAUCUUGGUGAGCUUACAGGGAUUGUAGCAUCUUGGUGAGCUUACAGGGAUUGUAGCAUCUUGGUGAGCUUACAGGGAUUGUAGCAUCUUGGUGAGCUUACAGGGAUUGUAGCAUCUUGGUGAGCUUACAGGGAUUGUAGCAUCUUGGUGAGCUUACAGGGAUUGUAGCAUCUUGGUGAGCUUACAGGGAUUGUAGCAUCUUGGUGAACUUACAGGGAUUGUAGCAUCUUGGUGAGCUUACAGGGAUUGUUGCAUCUUGGUGAGCUUACAGGGAUUGUAGCAUCUUGGUGAGCUUACAGGGAUUGUAGCAUCUUGGUGAGCUUACAGGGAUUGUAGCAUCUUGGUGAGCUUACAGGGAUUGUAGCAUCUUGGUGAACUUACAGGGAUUGUAGCAUCUUGGUGAACUUACAGGGAUUGUAGCAUCUUGGUGAACUUACAGGGAUUGUAGCAUCUUGGUGAACUUACAGGGAUUGUAGCAUCUUGGUGAGCUUACAGGGAUUGUAGCAUCUUGGUGAGCUUACAGGGAUUGUAGCAUCUUGGUGAGCUUACAGGGAUUGUAGCAUCUUGGUGAGCUUACAGGGAUUGUAGCAUCUUGGUGAGCUUACAGGGAUUGUAGCAUCUUGGUGAACUUACAGGGAUUGUAGCAUCUUGGUGAGCUUAAAGGGAUUGUAGCAUCUUGGUGAGCUGACACUCAAGUAGCCAGUACUAUGCCGACAGUGGUGGUCGCAUUGGGUGGUUUUGACGCGCUAGAUGACACGUUGAAAAUGUACUGCAUCGUCAUGUCAUUUCUGGUGUGGACUUGGCUUGGAUUAUAUCUGACCAACAGAAGGUUCUAGCAAUUGCGGCUGCACUGUUUACACACACAAAUGCCGCUCCCGACGCCCGUGUGUGUGGCUAUUGACUUAAUUAUAAUGUUAUUGUAUUUUAAAACUUUUCUCGCUUUUGUAUUGGAGGAUGACAAUGAGAACGGCCAAGACGAUAUUGAACAAGGUCAGGGAGAAGGAUCAUCAAUACUACAGGCCGGCUAAAUUAGGAGAAGGAUCAUCAAUACUACAGGCCGGCUAAAUUAGGAGAAGGAUCAUCAAUACUACAGGCCGGCUAAAUUAGGAGAAGGAUCAUCAAUACUACAGGCCGGCUAAAUUAGGAGAAGGAUCAUCAAUACUACAGGCCGGCUAAAUUAGGAGAAGGAUCAUCAAUACUACAGGCCGGCUAAAUUAGGAGAAGGAUCAUCAAUAC